AUGAGUGAAUCCAAGACUUUUGACAACAAGUCUCAAUCACCUGUCUCUGAAGGGCAGGACUUUCCGGAUGACAAUCGAGUACAAACGGAGUUACCAGCCGCAUGGCCUCAGGAUUCCACUGGAAGUCAUGAUGAUGAUGAUCAGAAGGACUCCCUCGAGAUAGCCGCAGAUGAUUGGGGGUAUGCACUCACUGACAAAUAUAUAGAAGAAUUGCCUCGUUCAACUGUGCAAGAGAGUAAAACGCAUCUGAGCAUAGGCUCCAAAACGUCGUAUACCUUGACAAUCUCCUCCACAGAGACAGCUGUGAUAAUCAUCAGCCAAAUGCAGGCUUUUCAUGGUGCCAUGGUUGCCAGGAUGGAAUUGGAAGUACAUAUCAAGGAGUCACGUAACAGCCGCAGGCCUCUGAAACCACAUGUCACUAGAGUUGCUCCAGUACUUUUUGAAGGAACCUCUGAAAAAACAAGCAAUUCUAUCAAAUUAUCAGCCAGCGCUGGCAUCUCGCCCCCCCCCUUUUUCAAUCUCAAUCCAGCGGUGACUAUAAGCACCAUGGCUCACCGAGCCGACAACGAGACUGAUCUCUCUGUCCGGACUGUAGUUUACGGAACAGCCUCUUGUAGUAAGAUCAGUACUCAAGGCAUCGGUCUCAGUUGUCACCUUUUCAUUGUCCAAACUGAAGAGCCUUCCAACCCAGACGAUGACUUGUUUGAGAUACAUGUCACCAGCAAAACGGCAAUAAAGGCACCUUUUCUCCAGAAGUUGAAAGAACAGCUUAUGGAAAAGAAGACAGUCAUGACUCCCCUUAUUUGUUCAGCGGGUGACGAAUUACCGGCUGGUUUCAAGCGGCCUGACAAAGAUGUGGGGCAGAUGACUCAGGCUGAACUGGACCAGCUGGCCAACAAUUGUCUCAUGGCGCACGCAAAUGCAAGUUACCAAUAUGCGAUUAAUAUCGCCACCGCCGGUAAUACUGACUCGACUUGA